AUGCGACGAGCGCAGCCCUGCUUGUUCGCAGUGCUACACCAUCCUACACCACUCAUCGACCCGACGGAUGUGGAUGCAGAUGCGGAUCUCAGUCUCCGCUCUCUUCCAACAGGACUCUGGGGCAGCACCGCUAGUACCACUGGACUGGAUGUGCUGGACGUCUGGCACUUUGAGUACUUCCGCGUCGUGUGCGCGGCGCAGCUCUCGCUCGUUCUCGGGAUCCCUGGCGUGUGGGAGACGCUGAUCCUGCGCGCUGCUUUCACUGAGCGCUGUAUCCUCCAAGGCGUCCUCGCGCUCGGAGCGCUCAGUCGGAACGUCGUUCCGAGAAAUCCUAGCGUGCCCUCAUCCAGGCGGAAACCGACCCUCUUCCCUGGAUGUCCCUCGGGAUACUCGUGGCACAAGUACAGCUUGGCGAUACGGGAGAUGAACGGGCGCCUGGGUGGCGUCAACGCCUCGUCCGAGGACGGCUCAGGCUGGGAGCUUGCUGUCCUAGGCAGUCUGAUCUUCAUUGCUAUCGAAGCUAUCCAAGGGGAUGAGGAUGUGGCGCGGAUGCAUCUCCGCGGCGCGUUGGCAAUAUGGGAGUCCUCUCAGGAAGCCUCGUCCACAUACCUCACCCCUGAGAGCAGGGGGGCUAUGGGCCGUGUGAUCGACGCCUUUUCGCGCCUGGAUUUCCAGUCCCGGUUGCGGUCGCUCGGUCAGGGUGGCCUCCUCCUCCCCCUACAGCGCCCAAUCCUUCCGCCAUGCUUCCUAAGCAUCGAAGCUGCACGGGAUUCGCUGAACGCGAUCCUCGGUGCAUUCAAUUUUCUCACCUGGAGACGGUCCUUCCUGCUCGAGCAUCAAAUCCAAGUCCAACAUAAUCAGUCUGAGUCCUCGCUUCGUCUUAGCCUGCCGCAAGAAAUAUCCGCGCUCUCGCAUCUCCUUGACUCCUGGCUCGCUCUUUUCACAGUAUACAAAUCCCACCGCCCUCUCAGCGACGCCAAAACCACAACAUGCACACCGAUCCUGCUCAUCCAAUACCACAUCUUGCAGAUCAACCUAUCGUCUCUGUCCCCGUCACCUUUCAGCCCAUCAGAAAUUGACUACAACAGACACGUCUCGCGAUUCUCCUCCAUUAUCGACCUCGGACACCUUAUACUAGAAGCACAGCGUGAGAGCUACCCAGCGCCGAUUCGCACGCAGCCUGGCUCAAACUUCCAUGUCGCGGUGGUCCAGCCACUGUUCUUCGCCGCGUGUAAAUGUAGAGACGCAUUACUGAGGCGUCGGGCGAUUGAGGCGCUGGAGAAGGUGACAGGUACGAGUUCUGAGCACUCUCGGUUGUUGGCAAGCGUGGCAAGAUGGGUAGUCCAGAUGGAAGAGGGGCGAAGCUUUUCACCAGUGCCAAGUGGGGUUUCUGCCGCAGUGAGAGAAGAAGCUAUGUUGAGUGAUGUUGAGGUAGACAUUUCGGAUGCUAUUGGCGGGUGUAGGGUCACCGCAUGGAAGAAGCGGAGGAAUGGCGAGUGGCAUGGAAUAUUUCGGUAUAUAGACGCUUGA